GAGAGAUUGACAGAACUAAUCAUGAGUUCUUUCCCUCUACAAUCGCUCUUCUUUGUCCUCCUGUGUUUACUUGCUUCUCAUCAGUGUGCCGAAGCCCGAUAUUUACAAACCAGUAAGGAGCUCUUCUGCUCCGUGUACACUUUUGGGGACUCCUUCGUGGACCCCGGCAACAACGAUUUCAUAAACACGCCGUUCAGGAGCAACUUUCCUCCUUAUGGCAGAGAAUUCCCCGGCGGAGUCUCAACGGGGAGGUUUUCGAAUGAACUUCUGUUCCCGGACAUCCUUGCGUACUACGUGGGCGCGGUAAAUUACACGCGGCCAUACUUGGGCCCACGACUUGAUCUGAAAGAGUCCCCGACUGCCGUCAGUUUCGCCUCUGCCACCAGUGGAUUCGACCCCUACACUGCCAACAAAACCAAUGCAUUGCAAUUAUCCGACCAACUCAAAAGUUUCCAACAAUACAGAGCGAGACUCGAAAAAGCAAUCGGAAAGAAGAAAGCCGAUAGCCAGAUUGAGCAAGCCAUCUUCUAUGUGAACGCGGGGUCUGACGACUUCGCCUUGACUAUUUAUCCUACCCUUCUCCAAGAGCUCACCAUGUCUCCAAUAUGCAUCCGAGCAAAUGCUAGGAUCUCAAGCAAUAUUGCAUGCAUACAUAUUUCUUUGUCCCCUCUAGCAAAAAUACAAGCAAAGAUAUAUAUGCUAAUUUUCUUUCAAAGCUUACAGAGGUUAUUGGAACAAGGGGCUCGAAAAAUAGCAGUAAAUGGUCUACCACCCUUGGGUUGCAUUCCAGUUGGUGUCACUCUGCUUCCUCAACCUGCAAAGAAUAUACAAGAUAAAGCUCGGACUUGUAUUGGUUACGUGAAUGCCAUAUCACUAGAUUUCAACUCUAUGCUCCAGGAAGAGUUGGAGGAUCUGCAGAGUCAACAUCCAGAAGCAAAGAUCGUCUACAUUGACUUUGUAGAACCCCUACUCGAUGUUAUACAGAACCCACAUGAAUACGGUUAUACCGAGGUGAACAAGGGUUGCUGUGGGACUGGGUUUUCUGAAAUUGGCACACAAUGCAACGCAACAACUUCGCUUUGUUCUGAUUCCGACAAGUUCGUAUUCUGGGAUGCAGCACACCCAACGGAGAAGACAUACCAUCUCAUUUUCAGAAGCAAUCUUGCAGCCAUUGAUGACCUCAUUGGGAGCUAAUUUCUGAUCAUCCUUCUCCAGUUACGGAUAAUUUUAAUAAUUUCCAUUUCUGCAAUAGCAGUGGAAUGAUAUAAUGUCAUGUAUGAAAAUCAUGAAAUAUCAGGUUGAUUAAGCGUUAAAAAAAUGAAUUAGAUUUGUCUUGAUUCAUAAGAGAAGAUACAAAAUUAUGUAAUCUGGAAAAGUGAGGUGGCCAACAUAACAGGCAAUGGACUCCAAAGUCACACACUGAUUGAUACUGAACCUGACUUCGGGGCUAAUC